GUUUUGAUACGAGGGGGAUUCCUCCGACGUCACGCUCCACGUGUAGUGCAGAUCUGCAGGCGGAUUAAUCUCCACUCACCGCUGAUUGGACGCGUCACACAACUUGCACUCUCUCGGACUGGUGCUCGUCCGAGAAAGUAGUGCGCUCACAGAGCGGUCAGCAGCAGCAGCAUCGCGUGCGCGCUUCAGUCAGAUAGUGUGGAGCUCGAGUCCGCGACCCACGGGCUCAGGCAUGCUCGGAGUAACAGAGUAAAUGGCGUCUUUUAAAAGGGAUUUAUACCUGUUUCUUGCUGUAUUUCUGUCAAUCUCAGGUGUUUGGAGCUUCAGUGAGCUGUUUUUUAUAAAGGAGCCGCAUGAUGUGACGGCUAUGAGGAGGGACGCUGUGGUUUUGGACUGUCAGGCCCACGGCGAGGCUCCCAUUGGCAUCCAAUGGCUCAAAAACGGAGUUACAAUCACAGAGUCGGAGCGCGUUUAUUCGCUCAGUAAUGGCUCUCUGCUCAUCUCAGAGGUGGAAAGUCGGAAGGACAAAUCAGAUGAAGGGUUUUAUCAGUGCCUUGCCCAGAACAAAUACGGAUCUAUUCUGAGCCAGAGAGCCCGCUUGACUAUCGCAAGUAAGUUGCAUUGAGUUAUACUACUGUUUAUGUGUCUAAUGUGUAAGG